CACACCAACACACCCACACACAAACACAGACAGUCGGCUAGAGUUGACAGUGACCGUGUCUACGGUGGUCCACGCUGGAUAAACCGUCAGAAAAUCUUCCGUAAAAACUACUGAUAUAUUUUUGACAGUGUUUCUUCCAGAUUGUUGAUUGUCACGGAUCGACUCUGAUGAUGAAAAGAAUCAAGAUGUUUUUUCCCCAGACUUCAGUGCUGUCUGGACACACACUUCUCCGUUGAGCUCCUCCGAAAAAACACCAACCAGCCAUGAAGUUGGCUCUGCACAGGAUAGCAGGCACCACCGUGAGCACCCUAACAACAGGUGCCCAGUAUCUCGGCUCUAAUGAUGCCAACUACGACGACGCCUCCCUGGACUCUGGUCUAAUGAAAAGCAAAUUCCACUUUGAGAAGCUUCACUUAGCCUCCGUGAGUCACUCCCUGCCUGGACUUGUCCCUGGAAGUAAGGAGGUCAUUUACAGAGCCUUCCCUCCCGUUCUACCCACCAACAUAUCCGACUUUGUGCUGGGCAAUGGCACACAGGCAGAGACUGGGGGAGUGGCACAUUGUGGGGAGAAUUUGGGGGACAACAUGGAGUGCUUCAUGAUCCUCACUCCAGGUCAGCAGCUGGCCAUCGCCAUCCUGGCGCUGACCCUGGGUGCAUUCACGGUGUUGGAGAACCUCAUGGUGCUGUGUGUGAUCCUGCACUCCCAGACACUUCGAUCCAGGCCUUCCUACCACUUCAUAGCCAGUCUGGCUGUGGCCGAUCUGAUCGGAAGCAUCAUUUUUGUCUACAGCUUUCUGGACUUUCACGUCCUCCACAGAAAGGACAGCCCCAAUAUUUUCCUCUUCAAGCUGGCUGGAGUCAUUGCCUCCUUCACUGCCUCUGUGGGAAGUCUGUUUCUAACUGCAAUCGACCGCUACAUCUCCAUCCACAGGCCCAUGGCUUAUAAACGCAUAGUCACAAAGAACAAAGCGGUCGUUGCCUUCAGCGUGAUGUGGACCAUCGCCAUUGUCUUCUCUUUGCUGCCUCUUCUGGGCUGGAACUGCAAGCGCCUCAACUCCGUCUGCUCAGACAUCUUCCCUCUGAUCGACCAGAACUAUCUCCUGUUCUGGAUCGGGAUGACCACCGUCUUGCUCCUCUUCAUCAUUUACGCCUACAUCUUCAUCCUCUGGAAGUCUCAUUACCACGCAGUCCGCAUGCUGAGCCGCAGGUCCCAACGAAGCAUAAUCGUCUACACGGCAGAGGGAACCAAGGUCCAGACAAUCAGGCACGAGCAGGCCCGCAUGGACCUGCGUCUGGCUAAAACCCUGGUUCUGAUCCUGGUGGCCCUCAUCAUUUGCUGGGGCCCGCUCUUAGCCAUAAUGGUUUAUGAUCUCUUGGGAAAAGUGAACGACUCCAUCAAGACCGUGUUUGCCUUUUGCAGCAUGCUGUGCCUGCUCAACUCCACCGUGAACCCUGUGAUCUACGCCAUGAGGAGCAAGGACCUCCGCAGGGCUUUUCUCAACCUCUGCCACCUCUGCUGGGGCGUGAGCCAGCCCUUGGACAACAGCAAUGAGAGUGACUGGAACUCCAGGAGCAUGAGAGGAACAGCAGGUGGAGCUGCAGGCAGUGAUAGAGCUGGCAGUGUUCACAGCAGCUCCAUUAAAGUCGCCCAAGUUACCGUUUCUGGAGUGACUGAGGCUUGUAAUGCAGAGGCAGUGUGAGGUGGAAGCUGCUGUACUCUGUGUAACUGUAAUGUACAGAUAGUUGUAGAAUAGCCCCCAACCCUUGGUCCACUGCUCUGUGACUGUGAAACGUGCCAAAACAUGAAAAACUGACCUAAGUUUUUACUACUUUAAAAUCAAAAUGUGUGACUCUACAGCGAGGUGCUUGUCUUUGUGGUUCAUUAAGUUGCUCUAGUUUGAUCAAAAUUGCUAAUUUAAGCUGCUUAAUGCCUACUACGUGUGCUUGUCAAAACAACUGAGUGUGAUGCCACACUGCCACAUUCCUGUCAGUCAUUGUGCCAUUGUGAUGGAAAACAAGUGUAUAUGAUGAUUAUAUAACAGUGGUUGAAAAUGACGAUGUAAUAUUUGCCUAUUUUUUAUCAUAUCAAUGUCUACGUAUUUGGUAUCUUCUUUUAAUAAAAACGUGAAAAACUACCUGAAGUUU